CCUUGCCAGACUGUCAGACGGUCAGCGACUGUCAGUUAGUUGAGUUGAGCAGCCCAACGGAUGGCAACGCUGCCGUCGCGCAUAAAGUUGCUGCAAAAGCGCAAGCCUACGCCUGGAAAACGCAUACAGAGAAAAGCCAAAUAUUAAUUGCAACUGCAGGCGACUGCCAAGCAGUUGAGAAUUUGUUUGUUAUUUUUAAAGUGUUGUGCUUUGCAGCAGUGCCAAAGUCAGCAACAGGCCAACAACCAACAAAAAAAAAAAAACAACAAAAAUUUAAAGAUGUCCUCCAGCGACGCCAACGCAAUUGCAGCGAACCUUCCCGCCCCCUCCCCCUCUGCCAACGCCUGCGGCACCGCCAACGCCACCCACUCUACUGGUGGUGGUGGCCUUGGGAAGCAGCAGCGUCGUCGUUUGGCCGCCUUUGAUUUCGAUCACACAAUUGUGUCGCAAAACACAGACACUGUGGUCAGAGAUUUGCUGCCCAACGAACUAAUUAGCUCGACGCUGCUCAACGAGCUGAUGGAGAACGAUUGCUGGACCGAAUACAUGUCCGAGGUGUUUCGCCUGCUGCACGUGCAACAAGUGGCCGAAUCGCGUAUACGCGACACCAUACGCUGCAUACCCGAAGUGCCCGGCUUUGUGCGUCUCAUCAAGCAUUUGAAGAAGCGUCUCAAUUUUGAUUUGAUCAUCAUUAGCGAUUCGAAUAGCGUUUUCAUUGAGGAAUGGCUGCGGGCGCACAAUCUAUGCGAUUGCUUCGACGGCAUCUUCACCAAUCCCGCCCAUUUCGAUGACAACGGACAGCUGCAAGUCCGUCCGCAUCAUCAGCAAACCGAUUGCAAGCUCAGCGCCAGCAAUUUGUGCAAAGGACGUGUGCUGGAGCAUUUUGUCAUUGAACGCGAUUUGCGUUUCAAUAUCCGCUACGAUCACGUCUUCUAUGUGGGCGAUGGCAACAAUGAUAUUUGUCCCGUGUUGCGGCAGCGUGCCUGCGAUUUUGCCUGUGCCCGUCAAGGAUUCGCCAUGGAACGGCAUUUGAUUAAGAAUCGCAAUAAAUUGAAAUUGCGUGCGAAUCUCUUGAUUUGGCGCAGCGGCUUUGAGCUCCUCGAUCAGCUGUGCGCCUUGCCACAGUUGCAAGGACCUUUGCAGUCGCAGGCGGAGCUGGCACGUCGUGCCUCGGCCAUAGACGGAGCAGCUGCGCCACAGCAGCAGCAACAACAACAGCCGCAGCAGCAGUAAAGUAAUUUUGUCGAUUUACACACACACGAAAGUUAGUUAUACGAAAUGAGAAAAAAGUAUGUAUAUAGUAUGUGCAUAAUACACAAAAUGUGAUCCUUCUACCUCCCCACCAUCCAACCCCUCUCGUCAUGCUGCUGUCCAUUUGAAGGCGUGGCCGUGUUUCUCGGUGGGGCGGCAAAAGAAUCACAUUAUUAUAAUAAUAAUAAUAAUAAUUACGCUAAUAAUACGCAAGUGAAAUUGAAAACCUUGAUGUGAUCAAUGUUUGUACUAUAAAAGUAAAAAGAAAACUGCAUAUAUUGUAUUCAACCUAGACAUAUACGAGUAAUUUACGCAUACAUUCAUACAUAGAUUAUCCUGCACACACAAACACACUGUAAAGCUGAAUAAUUCCAAUUGUAAUGGGAGGGGGGAAUUCCCCUUGCUCCUCAAUUUUUGUGGUGCGUCGUCAAUUUUUUUGUGGUCGCAGCUGUUGCUAUGUAGAAUCUUUAUUAAAUGUGUACUUGUGAUGUUGUCAUUAAUUA